CGCUGUUCCAUGUUCACUUCGCAGAGUAUGAAAAGACCGCAUACGAGGUCUUUAUCGCUCGCUAGACAAUAACAAACUUGGCGAGACUGUUCUUUCGGCAAACUAUGCCAAUUUCGACGCGUCUUUUGCUCUUCAGCUCGCUACUCGCUGCCCCAGGCGUGAUACCACUGUAUCUCUUGUAUCGCACCACCACGCAACCAGGUUCCGCAAUUCGGGGUGCUGUUGGAAUACCACUUGCUUUAGAGGAAUCCAAACUCGCGAAGCUCCUCAACCCACGGGGGAACCCUUGGUUAGGAGAUACAUGGACCUACAGCAUAGCAAGGAGCGACAUAUCGGGACUAUCUCAAGCCGCAUCAGAGGCCCUGUCGGCAGAAGACGAAGAACGCGUCGUGCUCGCCCGUUUUGCUCGUGGAUUUUUCACUCUAAAGGCUUUUGCUUUCGAGAAAUGGGCAGUGAGCACGUUCCCGCAAGUUGUGAAAGAGUAUGUGGGACUUGAGAUUGUCGAUCCAAACAACACUCUUCUAGACCCUUCAUCAGGAAAGGAACGUUUGUCCGUCCUGCCUAGCCAGUGGCCUAUCGACAACUACGCACCGAACGGCGCGGCGUUUCUCGAUGCCUUCCAAAUAGUCGACACAGGCCGAGACCGGAUAUACGCGGACUCCCAACUACCAAGAUCGUACACCGCAGUCGCCUUCGGCUCGAACCGGCCUGCGGCGCGGUUUGUUGGAGUACACUUCUUCUGGGUCAACCGUCGCCAACCCCCGGCAGACGACAAAAAAUCAGACGAUGUUAUCUUCGAUCUGAACAUUUGGAGCCUGAACUGCGAUCCCUCUGAUCAUGGUCAGGAGGGAAGCCGACCUAGAUGGCUGUGGAAAUGGGUUUUACCCCAGUUGCACUAUCUCUACGAGAGAGCACUGAUGGCCGAUGGUAUCGAUGCUGUGCGAAGUGGAUAAGAGGGACUUGGAUUCGGAACGCAUAGAAAUGUAUCGCUAGAAUUAGCAUAUUCCCCACUCGUAAACGCACUGCUCGAACCACGCCUACUAGAUUAUUGUCGUCAUAAUGUGAUAAUGUAAUGUAAUCUGAC